GGCCAGGCGAGGCAGCCAGUGCCGUCCGGUGUUGCCUCACGCGCCCACCGCGGUCGUUUGGCGGCGUCCUGAGGCCGAGGCUGUGCGGCAUCAGAAACACCUGAAGGAACACUGAACUGGGGAGGGAGCUUGUCUGAAAGGAUUCUAGCCAGCGAGACUGCAAAAGCAUGUGGCAAGAAAGACAUUGUACUUUGAAUUCACUUAGCCCGUUAACACAAUGCAAAGAACUUCACGACUGAAGAGAGAGCUGCAUCUGUUGACCACAGAGCCUCCCCCAGGCAUUAUGUUCUGGCAAAACAAAAACCGGAUGGAUGAUCUACGAGCCCAAAUUUUGGGUGGUACAAACACGCCAUAUGAUAAAGGAGUUUUCAACUUGGAAGUAGUUGUUCCUGAAAGAUAUCCAUUUGAACCCCCGAAGAUUCGCUUUCUGACACCCAUCUACCAUCCCAACAUUGACUCUGCUGGAAGGAUUUGCCUGGAUGUUCUCAGAUUACCGCCCAAAGGUGCAUGGAGGCCGUCCCUGAAUAUCUCCACGUUGCUGACCUCCAUACAGCUUCUGAUGAGUGAGCCUAACCCUGAUGACCCCCUCAUGGCAGACAUAUCCUCGGAGUAUAAAUACAAUAAGGAAGUGUUCAUCAGAAAUGCCAAACAAUGGACUGAGAAGCAUGCAAGCCAGCAAAAGAGGUCUGAAGAGUUAGAAAGUUCCAGAGUGGCAGAAGGAAACAUAGGAGUGGAAGGGACUUCCUGGAUCAUCAAGUCCAGUCCCUGCUAUCACAGGCAACCCCAUCAAAUAACGUGGAUCAUAAAUUUAUCAAACUCUGUCUUAACACUAGUUAGGUUGUUCACCCCACUGCUUCUAUUGGGAGGCUGUUCCAGAACUCACUUUUCUGAUGGCUAGAAACCUUCUAAUUUCCAGCCUAAAUUGGUCAAUUUAUACACUUUUAGUGUUGGAUUUGUAUACAGUAGUCUGAAGUGCUUUGGGAUAUUUCCCCCCACACACUGUGUUAUAAAUGUGUAAGUCUGGCAAUAAUUUUCCAAGAGGAAGUGCUAGUGUGUCUCCAGGAAGUGAACGCUCCUUCUAGGGCAGACUUGAUCUUUCAAACUGACUGUGAAUGUUACAAAUAUAAAGGUAACCUUCUUUGUUUGAAUCCUUUGUGUCUUC